AUGCCCUUUGGACGGAUUAGUACUUCGCCUUCGCCUGUACCCCGUGUGCCCAGAAGAGCCGGUACUCCCGUAAACUCGAGAGGCAAUACUCCUUACUCUUGGGAUGCGGCUUGUGCUUCUCCACAAAACGAUUCUAAUGGUCGUUCUCCGUCGCCAAGAAUACCGCCUGGGGGAGAUUGGAUCGCAAGGGCCCGUACACGCCUUGAUUCCUGA